AUGGCCACAAUCGAGCCGCGCUUGAUACAUCUGCUCAACGAGCCGACGAAAUCGCAAAUCAAUCACACCGAUCUUCCUCCGCUUCAUUCCCUUUCCUUCACGACGACUGCAGAUCGAUCUCUACCUCCACUCGAGCCGCUUGAUACAAAUCAUCGCGGUGACAGACCAGGGCCCGACACGCAAUCUGCUGCUAGCGCAGGUGGCUCAAUACAAAUCUCCAGUGAUGAUGGUGCAUUUGAUCAUCGCAAAGAGGGACCUGGCCAAGAUGGAAGGCUCGCGCCAUCUUCUGGGGCAUUUCCGUUCCGUACAGUCACAAACGAUUCGGAAGUUGCAGAAUUCACCAAUUCGAUAAGCCGGAUUCUAGAUGAUGACCCUGGGGUCAUUGACGACGCUGCAAACAAGAAGCGACACCGCAGUAUCCAUGUCAAAGAUGAUUUUGUACAGCUUCCGCAACCUCUCAAAAAACAAAAGGCCACCCAACAAGUACCGGUUAUGCCACCGAUCAUUAACGGACUUCAUGAACCUCCGCCACACGCUGCUUUGUUCCCACCCAUCUCAUCUGAGUCAUUCCAUAGUAACGAUGGUUCUCAGAUGAAGGCACUGACAGAGAAACUGCCGGAGUUUGCGCAAAUGUGUCAGGAAAUCGAUUUGGAUUUGGCCGCUUACAAGGCACGCAAGCGAACCGCUAAGCCAAGAAGAAAAUGGUCCGAGGAGGAAACAAGCCAUCUCCUGCUGGGUGUCAACCGGCACGGAGUAGGGAAAUGGACAAAUAUCCUCGAGGACGCCGAUUUCACGUUUGAUGGCCGCACGGCCGGAGACCUGAAGGAUCGGUUCAGGACUUGCUGUCCUGACGAGCUUCGUAAAAAAUUACCAUCAUGGUCUAGUCGAGAGAUGCCGGUCAAGGGCAAAACAGACAUUCACUUGGAAAAGAGAUUGAUAGAUGGAGAUGCUGUAUUUGCAAAGGACGUCACUCUGACUCCACAGCAAGACGUCGACACAUCCCCCAAGAGGAAGAAGAGCCGUGCGCAUCGCAAAAAAAUGGAAGAUCUUGUAGAGCUUGGUAUUCAUGGUCCUUUUAAGAAAUCCCGCCGCCGCGAACGACGACUGUUCACUGAGAAAGAUGACACUGAAAUUCUCGAGGGCUUGGAAAUUCAUGGCCCUUCUUGGACCAAGAUUCAGCGGGACCCACGGUUCCAUCUCUCAAGCCGACAACCAACCGAUUUGAGAGAUCGAGUGCGCAACAAGUACGCAGAUGUUUACCAGCGCAUAGAGAAAGGCACUUUCCAGACCAAAGAAACAGGUCGAGGGAACAACCUUAUGGAGCCAUCGGUGAGCAUGUCCAUCGAGAGCUCAUUCAAGGGGGCCAAGGGCACAACACUGGAGCCGCAGACGAACUCAUCAGCGUCACGCGAGGAUCUUCCCAGAUGGCCGGUCCACCAAAGAACUGAUGUAAACGAAAGCGUAGGAGCCGCACAAGCAUUUGAGUUUGGCGAGGCCGCAACGCCUUUCAUGGGUGGUGAGAUGGACAUCUCGCGUCUACUACUUGAUGAUGCUAAGCUCUCGCCAGCGACUUCACGCUUUGGGAUGGAUGGCGUCCCUGAGGUUUCCCCACACGUCAAUGCUCCACAGAAAAGGCACGUUACGGAUGAGACACAGCAGUCAAGAAAAUAG